AUGAAAUAAACUAGCCCAUAUUUUUUAUCAAAUUUUCAAAUGAUUCAGGGAUAUUAGAUUUAAUCAUUUAUAGGGAAAGGUCAAUUUGGACAAGUUUUUAAAGCAUUAAAAUUUGAGACUCGUGAAAUAGUAGCCAUAAAACUUAUUUAGAAAAAAAGAUUCUAAGAAAGUGAUGGAAUUGUAGGAAAGCUAGUAUAAUCAGAGAUUAAAGCUCUAGAGCUGGUUAAAAGUGACCAUGUUGUUAGAUUUAUUGAGUCGUUCUAAGAUCAAGAAUAUUGCUAUAUAGUGAUGGAGUAUUGUGAUUCUGGAGACUUGGAUUAACACUUAAACAAUCUUAAAAUGAAAUUGACUGAAAACGAUGCUAUAGGAAUUAUUAAGCAAAUAUUAAAAGGUCUAAAAGAUUUACAUUCAAAAUUUAUCAUUCAUAGGGAUCUUAAAUUACAAAAUAUUAUGGUUCAUAAUAAUUCCAUUUACAAAAUUGCUGAUUUGGGAUUUUCGAAAGUCUUUUCAAAUGCAGAUCAAAAAUCUAUAUUAUAAUUAGGAACAUUAUAUACAAUGGCCCCAGAAAUAUUUAAUUAAAAUCAAUAUGGAUUAUCAUCAGACAUGUUUUCCGUAGGAGUUAUCUUUUAUUAAAUCCUAUUUGAUAGAUUACCAUUCAAAUAAAGGGACUACACAUCGAAUAGUCAACCAAACAUUAGUUUUUAGAAAAAUAAAUUUGAAGUGUCUGCCCAGACUAUAAAUCUCUUGGAGAAAAUGCUCUAGUUUAAUCCUAACAACAGAAUCACUUUCAAAGAUUUAAUGCGUCAUCCUGUUUUUGCUUCCGAUAAAACUUUUCAUAGUAUAACCAGUAAAAUUCAAUUACAGGCUAAUACGAUUUCAUUCGAUGACUAUCAAGAAUUUUAUUAGUAAUAAUCAGGAUAAAUUGAAUAAAAUUAAUCUAAAAUUAUGUAAUAAUAACAACCAAUCUAAUCAAUCGUUUAGAAGGACAGAUUAUCAUAGAAAUCUGUUUAAAUUAUAGAUAUUUCAGAAAUAAGAAAUGAUAUUGCAGAAAAUACAUUGAGUUUGGAAAUAGAUAAGAUUACUAAAUUGAUAAAUGAGAUGUACUUCUUUUCUAAUACAUUGCAAGAGGUUAUUUAAAUUCUUUGUAAUCCUCAUUUUAUGGAUAUGCUAUGUUUUAAAAUAUAAAAAUUAUGUUAAAGUAUUCUCAAAUUGAUUAAGGAGAAUAUGAAUUAAUAUAAAAAUCAAAAGCAAUAUAAAGAUGACUAUAAAUUACUUGAAGAAUAAAAUCGCGAAAUGGAAUCCUAUAAUGAAUUAAUUUAAUAUUAUUUGUUUGAUGUCAAAGAUCAGCUAGCAUAAUUCUCAGAGGAAAGUUUAUAAGAUUCAAUAUCAUAGUUUAGGGAUUAAGACUAAUAAUUUAAUAAAGGCUUCUCUUAAUAAAUAAAGAAUUAUUUAGAUUAUAAAAAUUAAUAAAUUAAUAUUGCUUUUGCUCAUGUAAUUUUAUGCUACUUAUAUUGCAAAACUUAAAAUCCAGACUUUAUCUAGUUCGAUUAAACUACUUUCAACCUUAAUAAAUCCUAAGAAUUAUAUCCUAAUUAAAAUUAACUUUUAGAACGAUUUAAAGAAAAUUCCUCACUUUCAGAUUAUCUACAAUAUUGA